CUAUAGGGACUGAAAACCAAGUGAGGAGAUGAAGGAUUGUACUGUACUAGGAAGUACAGAAGGAUAGAUUCCACAGAUAUAUCCUGACCGUGACUCAAAGAACAACUGCACAACUGUGGGAAGACAUCCAGUCCCUUCACAGCAUUGCUCAACACAGAGAAGGUUCAGCAGUGAAACCAUCCUCUGGAAAUUGAUCAGGCCAGGGGAGCUUUGACAUAUCAUCAGAUCUGAAACUGGUCAGUGGUGUGGAGCCUUCCAUCAGAAGCAACCUUUCUGAAGAGAUGGGACUGAGGAGAAGUGAUGAGACUCAGGAUGAGACUGAGAAGAAGUGUGAGUGGACUCCAAUUUGGUGAGAGCUUCAAUCAUUCAUUGAGCCACAUGAACUAGUGAUUCAUUCUGGAAGUGAGAGAUUGCUCAAAUACCAGGGAUCUGAAGAGUCCCGGAGCGUGAUAUGAUCUCUUUACGUACAAAGUACUUUUGUUGUAUAAAUGUUAACAAAAGAACAGCUACAUGGAAAAGAAACCAUUCAUAUGUGAGAUGUGUAACAAAUCUUUCUCAGACUCAUCGAACCUACGCACACACCAUCGCACUCACACAGGGGAGAAACCAUUCCAGUGUGAGGUGUGCAGCAAGUCAUUCUCAGUGUUUUCAAACCUCCAUAGACACCAACGUAUUCACACAGGGGAGAAACCUUUCAGAUGUGACGAGUGUAACAAAUCAUUCUCACAGUCAGAGAGCCUCCUCAGACACCAACGCAUCCACACAGGGGAGAAGCAUUUCACAUGCAAAGUGUGUGACAAAUCAUUCUCACAGUCAGUAAGCCUCCACACACACCAGCAUAUUCACACGGGAGAGAAACCAUUCCGGUGUGAGGUGUGUGACAAAUCAUUCUCAAGGUCAUCAGAACUCUUGCUCCAUCAAAGGAUCCAUACGGGGGAAAAACCAUUUACAUGUGAAGUGUGCAAGAAAUCAUUCUCAAGAUUAUCAAUCCUCCAUGUCCAUCAGAGGAUUCACUCAGGCGAAAAACUGUUCAAGUGUCAGACUUGCGACAAAGCAUUCUUCCAGUCAUCUGCCCUCCUCGUGCACCAACAUAUACACACAGGGGAGAAACCAUUCACAUGUGAAGUGUGUGAGAAAUCAUUCCAAAAUUCAUCAAACCUCCAUGUACAUCAACGCAUUCACACAGGGGAGAAACCAUUCACAUGUGACGUGUGCGACAAAUCGUUCCCAGAUUCAUCAAACCUCCGCAAACAUGAACGCAUUCACACAGGAGAGAAACCAUUCAGGUGUGAGAUGUGUGACAAGGCUUUCACACAGACUGUGCAUUUGUUGGUCCAUCAACGCACUCAUGCAAUGGAAAAACCAUACUACAUGGAAGAGAAACCCUUCAAGUGUGAUGUGUGUGAUCAGGCUUUCAGACAGUCAUCGGUAUUUGUAAACCACCGCCGCAUCCACACUGGGGAGAAGCCUUUCAAGUGUGAGGAAUGUAACAAAAGCUUUGCACGGUCAUCGGGCCUGGUUAAUCAUCAGCCUGUACACACUGGGAAGAAACCAUUCGCAUGCAAGGUGUGUAACAAAUCAUUCUCAUGGUCAUCAGAUCUUCGCACACACCAACGCACUCACACAGGGGAGAAACCCUUCACGUGCGAAGUGUGUGACAAAUCGUUCUCACAAUCCGGGAACCUCCGUACACACCGACGCAUUCACACAGGGGAGAAACUGUUCAUCUGUGAGAUAUGUGAAAAAUCAUUCUCGCAGUUAGGGAACCUCCGUACACACCAACGCAUUCACACUGGGGAGAAACCAUUCACAUGUGAUGUGUGUGACAAAUCAUUUUCCUAUUCGUCGGCCCUCCAUGUUCACCAACGCAUUCAUACAGGGGAGAAGCCAUAUAUCUGUGAUACGUGUGAUAAACCAUUCUCACAGUCAUCAAAGCUUCUUGCUCACCAACAAAUUCACACAGGGGAGAAACCAUUCAAGUGCGAAGUGUGUGACAAAUCAUUCUCAGAUUCAUCAACCCUCCUACUCCAUCAAAUGAUUCACACAGGAGAGAAACCAUUCACAUGUGAGGUGUGUGACAAAUCAUUCUCACAGCUAGGAAACCUCCGCAGACACCAACGUAUUCACACAGGGGAGAAAGCAUUUAUGUGUAAGGUGUGUGACAAAUCAUUCUCUGACUCAUCAACUCUCCUGCUCCAUCACAGCAUUCACACCGGGGAGAAACCAUUCACGUGCAAGGUGUGUGAUAAAUCAUUCUCACAGUUGGGAAAUCUCCGUAGACACCAACGCACUCACACAGGGGAGAAAUCAUUCAUACGUGAUGCACGUAUCAAAUCAUUCUCACAGACAAUGCACCUUCACAGAUAUGAACACAUUCACACAGGGGAGAAACUAUUCAAAUGUGAGGUGUGUGCAAAAUCAUUCUCUGACUCAUCAAGCCUUCUGCUCCAUCAAAGGAUCCACACAGGGGAGAAACCAUUCACAUGUGAGAUGUGCAACAAAUCAUUCUCACAGUUGGGAAACCUCCGCAGACACCAACGUAUUCACACAGGGGAGAAAUUGUUCACAUGUGAGCUAUGUGACAAAUCAUUCUCCGCCUCCUCAAGCCUCCUGCUCCAUCACAGCAUUCACAAUGGGGAGAAACCAUUCAGGUGCAAUAUAUGUGACAGAUCAUUCUCACAACUGGGGAACCUCCACAGACAUCAACGCGUCCACACGCUGAGCCGGGACAUUGGGCUAGGCAAUGAGUUUGUGGAGGACAAAAGGAAGGGAAUACACGAGUCAGAAGAGCUCAGCAGGUCAUUGAGAUUUGUCAACAUGCAAGAUCCAUCUGUGGUAACAGAGCUAAACAACUACAUGGAGAAGAAACCAUUCAAGUGUGAGGUGUGUGACCGAGCCUUUUCACAUCCAUCAACGCUCAUGCAACACCGACGCAUUCAUACAGGGGAGAAACCAUUCACGUGUGAGGUGUGUGACAAAUCAUUCUCACGGUCAUCACACUUUCGUGUACACCAACGUAUUCACACUGGGGAGAAACCAUUCACCUGUGAGGUGUGCAGCAAAUCCUUCUCAGAGUCAGCGACCCUCCGCAAACAUCAACGCAUUCACACAGGGGAGAAACCAUUCACGUGUGAGGUAUGUGAUAAAUCAUUCUCACGGUCAUCAAUCCUCCGUGCACACCAACAUACUCACAGUGGGGAGAAGCUGUUCAUCUGCAAGGUGUGUCAUAAAGCCUUCACGCUGUCAUCAAACCUCAUGCGACAUCAGACAGUGCACACUGGGGAGAAACCCUUCAAGUGUGAGGUGUGUGACAAAGCUUUUGCAAUAUCGACAAGGCUCCUCAUUCACCAGAGCAUACAUACAGAAGAGAAACCCUUUCGGUGUGAGGUUUGUGAGAUGGCUUUCACCCAGUAUUCCCAUCUCCUGACACACCAGAGGAUUCACACAGGGGAGAAACCAUUUAAGUGUGAGGUGUGUGAACGAGCCUUCACACAGUCAUCGACCCUCAUGCAACAUCGACGCAUUCACACUGGGGAGAAACCAUUCACAUGUGAAGUCUGCAACAAAUCAUUCUCGCAGCUAACAAAUCUCCGUGCACACCAGCGCAUUCACACAGGGGAGAAACCGUUCAGAUGCCAAUUGUGUGACAAAUCAUUCUCGCGGUCAUCAACCCUCCGUGACCAUCAGCGCAUCCAUACAGGGGAGAAGCCAUUUACAUGUGAGAUGUGUGACAAAGCCUUCAGACACUUUUCGACACUCCUAGUUCAUCAGAGAAUCCACACAGAGAACUACAUGAAAGAGAAAUCAUUCAAUUGUGAGGUGUGCCACAAAGCUUUUAGAAAGUCAUCAACCCUCAUGAAUCACACAGAAGAGAACCAGAUUGAGCAUGAUGUGUGUGAUCAGGUGUUUGCACAACCAUCAGGCCUGCACAUUCCCCAGCAAACUCAUUCUGUGGGGAAACAAUAUAUGUAUGAGAUGUGUGACAAAUCAUUCUCUGAGUCUUUAACCCUGCGCAGACAUCAACGCAUUCACACCAAGGAAAAGCUUUUCAUGUGUAAGGUGUGUGACAAAUCAUUCACACAGUCAUCGAACCUGCUUGUACACCAACGCAUUCACACUGGAGAGAAACCAUUCACGUGCAGCGUGUGUGUCAGAUCAUUCUCAAACCUAUCAACCUUGAACAAACACCAGCUAAUUCACACAGGCGAGAAACCGUUCUCAUGUAAGGCGUGUGGUAAAUCCUUUGUGCAGUCAUCGACCCUCCGAGUGCACCAACGUACUCACACCGGGGAGAAACCAUUCAAAUGUGAGUUGUGUGAGAAAUCAUUCUCGGCAUCAUCAAGUCUCUGUAAACACCAACGGAUCCACAGUGGGGAGAGACCAUUCACAUGUGAGGUGUGUGAGAAAUCAUUCUCAUCAUCAUCAAACCUCUACUCACAUCACCGCAUUCACACAGGGGAGAAACCUUUCAAGUGCAAGGUGUGUGACAAAUCAUUUACAGAGUCUUCGACCCUGCACAGACACCAACGCAUUCACUCAAGUGAAAAGCCUUUUACAUGUGAGGUGUGUAACAAAUCAUUUGCGCAGUUAUCAAUCCUGCUUGUGCACAAACGCAUUCACACUGGGGAGAAACCAUUCACUUGCAAUGUGUGUAUCAAAUCAUUCUCAAACUUAUCAACUCUGAACAAUCAUCAACACAUUCACACAGGUGAGAAACCAUUCUCGUGCAAGAUGUGCGGUAAGUCUUUUGCACAAUCAUCGAGCCUCCUUGUGCACCAACAUAUUCACACGGGGGAGAAACCAUUCACGUGCAAAGUGUGUGUCAAAUCAUUCUCCAGUUCAUCAACCUACCGUUUACAUGAACGUAUUCACAGUGGGGAGAAACCAUUCAAAUGUGAGGUGUGUGACAAAUCAUUCUCAGCCUCAUCAAGCCUCCGUGUACAUCAACGUAUUCACACAGGGGAGAAACUAUUUACGUGUGAGGUGCAUGGUAAAUCAUUCCCUACUUCAUCGCGACUCCUGCUUCAUCAGAGGAUUCACACGCAGGAGAAACCAUUCACAUGUAAGGUGUGUGAUAAAUCAUUCUCGGUGUCAUCGCGCCUCCAUGUACACCAACGUAUUCAUACAGGGGAGAAACCUUUCAAGUGUGAUGUAUGCAAUAAAUCAUUCUCACAGACAUUGACUCUGCGUCUACACCAAAGGAUUCACACAGGGGAGAAACCAUUCACAUGUAAGGUGUGUGAUAAAUCAUUUUCACAGCCAGAGAACCUCCGCAGACACCACCGCGUUCACACAGAGAAACCAUUCACGUGUGAAGUGUGUGACAAAUCAUUCUUGGACUCAUCAAGACUCCUAUUCCAUCAGAGGAUUCACAUGGGAGAGAAACCAUUCAGAUGUGAGGUGUGUGGCAAAUUAUUCUCGUCAUCAUCAAAUCUCUGCUCACAUCAACAGGUUCACCCAAAGGAGAAACCUUUCAAGUGUGAGAUGUGUGACAAAACUUUCCCACACUCAAAAUUGCUCUGCACUCACCAACAAACCCACACAGGAGAGAGCCAAAUCAACCAAGUUGUAAGUACGUUUAGGACAACAUGGCAUCACCGGGAAAAGGGGGAGAAAGCGGAGCUGGUCCGCUUGGAUCCCGGCAUGAAAAACCAAAUCUUUACUCAGUUGUCAAUGCUUAUGACUGAUCGACGUAUUCGCACAGGGGAGAAAAUAUUCACAUGUGAGGUUUGUGGCAAAUCAUUCUCGCAAUUGGGGAAUCUCCACACACACCAACGCACUCACACAGGGGAGAAACCAUUCACGUGUGAGGAAUGUGACAAAUCAUUCUCAGAGUCAUCAAAACUCCGUGCACACCAACGCAUUCAUACAGGGGAGAAACCAUUUACAUGUGAAGUGUGUGACAAAUCAUUCUCACACUCAUCCACCCUCCGCAAACACCGACGUAUUCACACUGGAGAAAAGCCAUUCAUGUGUAAGGCAUGUGACAAGUCAUUCUCUCACUCGUUGACCCUUCGCAUACACCGAAGGGUUCACACAGGAGAGAAACCGUUCACGUGUGAGGUGUGUGAUAAAUCAUUCUUACACUCAUCUAAUCUCCGUGCACACCAACGCAUUCACACAGGGGAGAAACCAUUCCCCUGCGAAGUGUGUGAUAAAUCAUUCUCAGAUUCAUCCACUCUCCGUGCACAUCAACGUGUACACACGGGGGAGAAACCAUUCACAUGUGAGGUAUGCGACAAAUUAUUCUCAGACUCAUCAAACCUUCGCAAACACCAGCGGAUUCACACAGGGGAGAAACCAUUCACAUGCGAGGUAUGCAAAAAAUCAUUCUCAACUUCAUCCACACUUCGCACACACCAACGUAUUCACACAGGGGAGAAACCAUUCAUAUGUGAGAUAUGUGAAAAAUCAUUCUCGCAGUCAUCGAACCUCCGCACACACGAAUGUAUUCAUGCAGAGCAGAGACCAUUUACCUGCGAGAUGUGUGAUAAAUCAUUCCCAAGGUCCUCGAAGCUCCUGGUCCAUCAGAAGAUCCACACUGGGAAGUCUUCCUCUGGAUUCAAACUCUGGUUUCCUUCUCAAAGGCAGGUCUACGAACAUUCAGAAGGAUUGCACCGUACUACACCAGAGAGGGUGCACAGCACAGAUAGAUCCGAACUAUCAUCCAAGGAACAACUGCACAACGACAUGAACGAGAAACCAGUUGAGUAUGAGGAACAUGACCAGGAUUGCACACAGACAUCAACAGUCAUGAAUCACCAACAUAUUCAAGGAGAUGAGAAACUAUUCAGGUGUGAGUUGUGUGAAAAGGCAUUCUCGAAAUCGUGGAACCUCCACAGGCACCGACGCACACACACCGGAGAGAAACCCUUCACAUGUGAGGUCUGUGACCAAUCCUUUGCACAGUUAUCAACCCUUCACACACACCGGCGCAUUCACACAGGGGAGAGACCAUUCAAUUGCAACGUGUGUAAUAAAUCAUUCUCACAUUCAUCCACUCUCCGUGAACACCAACGCAUUCACACAGGAGAGAAACCAUUCAAAUGUGAUGUGUGCAACAAAUCAUUCUUGGACUCAUCAUCACUCCGUGUACAUCAACGUGUUCACACUGGAGAGAAACCAUUCACAUGUGAGGUGUGUGAUAAAUCAUUUGCACAGUUAUCGACACUACGUGCACACCAACGUAUUCACACCGGGGAGAAACCAGUCAAGUGUGAAGUGUGUGAUAAAUCCUUUUCACAGUUAGGGAGUCUUCUGGUCCAUCAGAAGAUCCACACAGGGGAGAAACCCUUCAAGUGUGAGGUUUGUGGUAAAGCUUUUGUGAGAUCUUCAAGCCUCCUGAUACACCAGAUGAUUCACACUGGAGAGAAACCCUUCCAAUGUGGGGCUUGUGAAAUGUCUUUCAUCCAGUCCUCUGAUCUCCUGAGGCACCAGAGGAUUCACACAGGAGAGAAACCCUUCAAAUGUGACCUGUGUGACCGAGCCUUCAGACAGUUAUCGACCCUUGUGGAUCACCGGCGUAUUCACACGGGGGAGAAACAAUUCCCAUGUGAGGUGUGUGACAAAUCUUUCUCGAGGUCCUCGUACCACCUGCGACAUCAAAGGAUUCACACGGGAGUGAUCUUUCAGCUGAGGAGUUUAUGAAAAUUCUUUCACUAAAUCUCCAAUUUGCUAAAACAUCAACGGCGUCACAUUGAUGAGAAAUGAAGGAGUUUUUUUAUCUGUGUUAGUUCCGCCAUGAAGACUCCACACAAUUGUUGAAUCUCUCACAGCAGUGCUUUUCAAAGCUUUUACGAUUGUAACCCAUUUUGAGAGU